CCCGGAUCAGCACGAUCAAUCUUAUUGUAAUCUUGUGUUUCAUCUUAGUAACAAGUGCGUUGAAUCUUUUUUAAAAAAGUCAAAAUGAAAGCUGCUCUGUUCGGUGUUUUCGUUCUGGUAUUUGUGGCGUCCACCUAUGCCCAAUCCCAAAGCGGUUCCCUUUCCGUGUACAAUAGCGGUGGAUAUGUUGCGAAAUUUACCGUCAAUUACCUCCUUAAUGGCCAAAGAAAAACCGAAGAUUCAGGAAAUUUCUCAUUGGGUGUCACCAAGUCCAUACUACUUCCUGCCGGAGCUAAAGACAUAAACAUGAAAACCGAAAUAUACUGGUUCCCAGGACAACUCAGCACCGUUUUCAACAAACAUUACGAUGGACCAGUUCAAGAGUGCUUCAAGAUUUGGGGUACCACCCUAAACCCUAAAUGGGACUCCAUCACCUGUUGAACGUAAAUAUUUACCUAUACAUCUUGCACUUCAAAUAUUAUUUUCAAUAGAAAUAUUACCAAUAUGUUAACAAUAUGAAAUUAGGCAUAAACGAAUAAAACUUUACGCAAUUCAAACGAGUGUUUAUUUAAUGCGUUUUAAAAUUUUUAAAUUAUAUGAUAUUUCAUUAACAUUUUUUUGUUGACUACAACAACAAAAAUUAGUGUAUUUUUUUAUUGAAAAAUUUUCAAAACAAAUCUUUGGUAGUUCGAUCUAAUAAUUUUUUUUAACACAUGAGAAAAAUACUGUUUUUCGAAAAUUUUGAAAAUCGAUAAAAAAAUUCAAUAUACUUACAGCCAUAUUUUCUUCGCUUAAAUAUCUACAAUUACACAGUCUUCUUCCGUUAUUCUCCAAAGGUUAAAAACAAUUUUCAGCAGAAAAAAAUGAAAAAUUUGGUUUUUGAUGUUUAAGUAUGGUAAGUAUGUUUUUUUUUCAAUACGGGGCUUUCAUGUAUAAUACCUACAUCUUCGAUUACAAGAAUUAAAUUAAAAAAUGUAUGAAAGGUUUGAAUUUUUCAAAUUUCAUAGAAAUGGGUAUUUUACGUACCAUACUUAAAGGUAGACUUUUAAAAUCAGUUGAAUUAGGAGGAUCUAAAACGAGUCAAUAUGCACCAAUUGGUAGAUAAGGUAACUUCAAGUAGGUGUACAAGUGUACAUGUAAGCUGUUGGAUAUAGGUAGGUAUCCAAUUUUUGGGAUUUCAAAAAUUUUAUAUUCAUAUUCAUGUUUUAAAUAUAACAUUUUGUUUCAUUUUCCAUGAUUUUUAAAAAUCGAAAAAUGAACUUUGGCGAAUAAAAUGAGAAGUUGAAAAUUUUCGGCAAGUGCUUUUUCAUUUUAUUGAAGUUCAGUUGAAGUAGAAUUGAUUAAAACGUUUCGAUUUUCAUAACGUUGAAAAAACAUGGUGAACUGACCAACAAAAGAAUCUUUCAUUGUCAGUGAUCUAUUUCACAUUUUUUUUUUUUUUUCAUAGAACUAUUUAAAAUCUUGAAAAAACUUCUAUUGUAGUUAUGUAGGUACGCAUGUAUACGAGUACAUUGUAGUCACCAUUGCGUUUUGAGAACACUUUCGGCUUGAGUGAGAAAAAAAGUUUAGGGCCCAUUUUCCCUAAAUUAUAAAAUCUUGAACGGUUUCAUUAUACGAGUAAUUAAUGCACUCCUAGUACAAGUCUGAAAAUUCUCUAUUUUAGAAACAUUCUUGUAACCAUCGUAUUUCGAGACUUAUUUUCGUCAUGGGUGCAACAAAAUGUAUUUGUAAGAAUUAAUAUUCGAAAGUUUAGCCUCUAAAAGUACAUUUUCUCACCUAUUAAUAUCUAAAAUGAACCUCCAAAUGAGAUCAUUUAGGUCACCUAAUGUUAAAAUCCGAAGAAUAUCAGAGUUGAACAUCACGAAAUAAUAUCUGAGCACUUUUGUAAUUGACGGAAGUGAUGGAUAAUAAAUUAGCCUAAUCAAGAAUUCAAUUCCAUGUCAUUAAUUACCACACAAUAUGGAUAUUAAUGUGCUCAUUUUUGCAGAAUAAUAUUCUAAGAAAUACAGGUGCUACUCGUAUGGUGUUUUUUUCAAACAUCCAAUCCUAAGUCCAAAAAUCACAUUAAAUCGGAAAAAAAAUUAUAAAAACUCGCAUCAACCAAAUGUCAAUCACAUUGUGUAUAUGUACUUCAUAUUUGUAACAAGUGCGAUGAAUCUUUAAGAUAAAUCAAAAUGAAAGCUGCUCUGUUCGGUAUUUUAACUUUGGUAUUAGUGGCGUCCACCUUUGCUAAAAGCAAUAAUUCUAUUUCUGUGUACAACGGUGGUGGAUUUGUGGCAUCGUUUCGUAUCAAAUACAAUCUCAACGGUAAUAAGAAAGAGGAAUGUUCGGGAGAUUUCUCACUGGGUGUCACUAAAUCUGUAAGAAUUCCGGAUGGAGCUACCAACGUGGACGUAAAAUGCGACGAGUAUUGGCUCCCGGGUCAAAAAAGCACAAUUUUUACCAGCAACUUCGACGGACCGGUUCAAAAAUGCUACAAGAUUUGGGGUACCACUCUCAACCCACAAUACGACAUCAUACCCUGCCAAUCGUAAAUGUUUCUAUAGUAGGUACCAAUAGCCGGGUUCGAUUACGCGCCUUUAGGGAUAAAACUGUACCUAAAUUCUGCAAUCUGUUAAACGGAGUACACAAUAUAAAUCGAGCCUGAUGUCUAAAACCCUAAAAAUCCAAUUAUUUAAUGCCAACGGCAGGCGAAUAUAAACAUGAACCCUCCGGAAUACCUUGCCACUGCUAUGUAAGACGUCGACUUCACCAUUCAACUUGUAAAAAAUCCUGUUUACGUAAGCAAUCCGACAGCUCGUCUCAAUAUUCCGAUAGUAGGUCGAAAAAAGUCACUUUCAAUCCGAUUUUACGUAUACGUAGCUACGAAAAUCAACAAAAACCAGAGCCAGAAUCCAGUCCACUUUUAAACGACUCUGAACAACCAACAGGCGCAAUCAAGUCGCAAAAUUACGAUGGUUCGCCGGAUACAAAUGCACUAUGCAAUAAACUGACAUCGUUGUUCGGUUUAAAUCAACAAUGCAAAUCAUUCCACGACGACAAAAAAAUCGGCCGGUCAUCACCUAGAGAUCAUAAUAACGCUGUUGAUCCAGACGAUAAAAUGCACUCGAAAAAAUUCUGCCCCAUAUGCGAAUCAAAACGAAACAAAUCUCCUGUGCGAGGAUACCGUUACCAAAAAACUCGAGAAAGGACUCCAUCGCCUUGUGGGUUCCAUCAACAAUAUCAGGCUGCAAAGGCAACGCUAGAUCAAUCGCAAAACAAAAACAAUGCUACGAGUACUCCAGCCAAUACUCCCACAUUUCCAACCGGCAGCAAAUACCACGUACCUAGACGAUUAUUUCGACAAGAUUCGUUAAUCAAUUCUGCGGGAGAAAUUUCGUCACAGAAAGACAGCUCUGCUGGGUACGAGAAUAUGAAUAGUCUAACGUACGAUAGCAGGCCUUCAGGUGAACAGGAUGGUUCGUCUGUGUACAUAAACGGAGAUACGGAUAAAAAUCCUCGUCCUGUUUCUAUAUUUAUAAAAGGUGAUCGAGAAGAAAAUAAACUCGAAGAGUACAUUUACGAAGUACCCAUUAAUAACAAAAACGAGCAACCCGAAUACGAUUACAUAACCAUUAAUAAUACCGCCAGGAUGCAACCUGAUUCGCAGAAUAAUACAACUGAGAGUUCGCAUUCGUUUACACGUCUGAUUAAACAUAAAACUGAAGCAGACCUUACUUCUACAAACAAUCCAAAUUACACGUUACGUCCAAAAAACCCGGCUCCUCGAUCAGCACCCGAUUUACAAACUGUAACGAGCCCAUACGAUGUCCAAUUGGUCAGCGGACGACCCCAACAUCCGAUUCCAACAGAUGACGAACAAGUUGAAAUGUACGCUGCAUCUGGUACAUUAGAUAAAUCCGAAUUGAACGCCUAUAAUAGAUUAGCUAAAAAUAGUUCUCCUUUCAUUGAUAUAUUGAAAAUGACUCCAAUUGCUUUUUUCUGGACUGGUUGUGCUUUUUUGAUCGCUAUGGGGUACGUAUUCUUAUUCUCCUGUCCUUAUGAUCAAAACAACCAGCGGUGAUCUACUCGAGAAACUUUCUAAUCACAUUAAUAUAUAUGAAAAAAUAAUUUAAGGAAUUAAUCGUUACUAUGAAUUGUUAUUACCUACAUUCAGAACAAUGUAGGAUAUACUUGUUAAUUCGUAGGUUAUAAAAUGUUUAUCAUUACGUAACCAGCAUUUCUGACUAUUUUGUAAUUUUACCGUACAAACAACAAAAUUCACCUUGUAUUUUCUUGAAAAUGUAAAUACCAAUAAUAUUUCAGCAACAUAACGUAUAUUAAAAUUAUUCGUAUGCAAUAAAAUAGUACUUUCUGAA